AAGGAAAUCACCUGUUUUUGAUUUUAUCGUGUCUUUGGACGCUUAAUUUACAUUAUCUUUUAUUACGUUGAUGGAGAAAAUUUCCUUUUGCGGUGAUACGUAGCAGCAAAAUGCAUGUCAAUGGAAAAGAACUGAUAACUACCUCUUUUAAAACUGCAACGAUCGAAGGAAGAAUGAAUUACAAAGUUCUCCACCCUGGGAAAUCUAAAACAAAUUUCAAAGAAUUCUGGUUUAAACUGACAGGCAAUCUUCUUUUUUAUUUUGGCCUAAAUAAUUUUGGAGGAAUAAAAGGAAAUGAACCUGUUGGUGUUAUAGUAUUGGAAAACUGUUCAGUAUCAUUUGAUGAAGAAGGAUCAGGGAUUUUUGCCUUUAUUGUUACUUUCUCUGGUGAUCCAGAUAGGCAUGUGUUCUCGUGCUUCAAUGUCAUUCAAGCACAGAAUUGGGUCAUAGCCUUGAGGCAAGCCAGCUAUGAGCAUUUGAGAAUCCAAGUCAAAAUAUUGGAAAGCAAACUAGAAAGCCUUGGCGGAAAGAGUAUUUUCAAAUGGAACACUGCUUCCAGUAGUACUCCAACCGGUACAUUAAAAGGGCCUACAAACACCAUAGCUCCCGUUUUACCUGCCAUUCCUCUUUUACCAACACCUCCGGCAAGAAAGCGGGUCGGGCCUAAAACAAAAACAUUUGUGAGUCAUAUGGCUGGUGAUGCGCCGGCCCCGAGUUCUUUCAAAAGUGAUAGCAACGGCGCUGAUCAAGAUUUGAUCAGGUGGUGAUAAUCAAAAAGCAACCGUCCGGAUAUCAACGUGCCAAUUAAAAAAGAGAAGUAGUUUAGUUUUGUGUAAUUAACAUUCCUCUUUGAGCAGAGUAUUGAAAUUUAAUUCGGCUGAUUUUCGCAAUCUAGUCAUUAAAUGAAGAGCUCAAAUGUUCA